AUGAACGCCUUCGAUCAGAGCCGAGAAGCAUCAAGUCUUCUCAAGUGCCUGCCAGGCGAAAUCCUCAACCAAAUCAUAUCGAACUUGUCCAACAUCGAUAUCAAGAAUCUACGCCAAACAUGCCUUUAUUUUAAGGACAUCACGCAUCUCCGUAUCAAUCGCUUGUUCCUUUCGCCAAAUUUGCAAGAUAUACAGGUGUUCAGGGCAGUUACAGAUCAUGAGAUCUAUCGACAUGAAGUCACAGAGAUUAUUUAUGAUGAUGUACGCUUCAGUCAUACGGACGACAUGGAGUCUGAAUCGGACUAUGGUGGCGACGAAAUCAGUGACGCUACAGAAAUUCCUGCAUGGUUUCGUAACGCCUACCGUCAAAGCCGCCGGCACAUCGAGCGAUACGACUCACGCCAUGUUGAAGUAAAAGAGGCUUCAAGUAACCCACUAGUUCCAGUGGAAUCAUUUAAGGCUUUUCACAUACUAUCACAACAGCAACAGGCGACAAUCGCCACAGACAGAGACGUCGAUGCUUUGAAAUAUGGGCUAUCACGUUUUACCAACCUAAGACGAGUAACAAUUACGCCUGCGACUCAUGGAGUGCCCGGCCGACCAUUGUAUUACACACCCGCUAUCAGGUCACUUCCCCCAGGAACUCUUUACCCCAUCGAGCGAGGUUGGCCCGUAGCAGAGUCACUGGGCGACGAUCAGCUUGAAGAAGUGGCUUGGGAUGAGGAAGAGAAGGCUCAAUGGCGUGGCUAUUUCCUUGUCAGUCGAACUCUUGCCCAACACCUACGUGACAACCCGAGAAGCAAGUUUGCCGAAUUAGUCAUUGAUACUAAUCAACUCCGGACUGGUAUCAGCUCUCGAAUGUUGGAAGAGGCCGAAAGCAGCGAGAAAACUGAUCUAAUCACCAUCUUGAGCCAUCCUGGAUUUACACAUCUUGACCUCUCUCUCUUCUGUGGAAACAGACACAAGUAUAACUGGUGUUCUUUUGGCAGUGGUCGUUUACGCAAUUUGCUUGCCAAGGCCACGAAUAUCCAGCAUAUUAGUCUAUUUACUGAUAUAGGACUGAUGACCGAAGGCGAAGUGGACGAGAUUCACUUUCCUCUACGUAGCAUGUUUCCUUUUAGCGACUGGCACCAGCUUCGACAUUUUGGCUUGUCCCGCUUCUACGUUCAAAAAGACGAUAUUAUUGAGCUUCUACAAUCACUAACACAAACGUUAAUGUCGGUCGAGUUGAGCUUUCUUUUCUUCUUCCCAGAUCAAGGUAACUAUCAAACCUUGUUGGAAGACGUGAGGGACAAACUGGGCUGGCGUGAGCGAAGACAGGAAGAUCAGCCUAAAAUAGUUGUGCGUAUUGAUGUAUGGUAUGAACCAAUUCUCGGAGCUGAUCUGCAAGAUCUCUGUCGUGAGGUGGACGACUUCGUCUAUCACGACGGCGAGAACCCUUUUAAAGCAUGUGAACAGUUGAAUUGGGAGACAAGUGUUGCUGAAGGUGCUGGGGUGGUGGUGGAUGCAUUUGGACCCGAUUAUGAAGAAUUAAAUCCAUAA